CAUUACAUUACGUUACCCUUGCUGCCUUGUUUUUCUUCUUGUCUUGUUUGUUCUCCUUCUGACAUUAUUUUCUUGCUAGCUAGUUUUCUCUCUUUUUUCCUCAAAGUUUCCUUUUCUUUUUGUGUUUUGUUGAGGUGGUUAGACAUUGUGGUGUGUUCUUUGAAGGUAGAUAUGGCCAGCUCUUCUUCUUCCUUACCAUCAAUGGAGUUUGAUUUUGAUGAGAAACCACAUGUGUUAGCUGUUGAUGAUAGUUUGAUAGAUCGCAAAGUCAUUGAAAGGUUACUUAUCAACUCUACAUGCAGAGUGACCACAGCAGAAAACGGAAAGAGAGCAUUGGAGUAUUUGGGCUUAGCUGAUGGACAACAUCCCAGCCAUAGUGUAAGUAACCAUACACUGAAGGUGAAUAUGAUCAUCACCGAUUAUAGUAUGCCAGGAAUGACAGGUUAUGAGCUGUUGAAAAGAAUUAAGGAAUCACCUACCAUGAAGGAGAUACCGGUGGUUGUAGUGUCAUCUGAGAACAUCCCUACACGAAUUAAUCAGUGCAUGGAGGGAGGAGCUCAAGAAUUCUUGCUGAAGCCUCUUCAGCUAUCAGAUGCGACAAAGCUGAGGUGCCAUAUAAAAAAGCUGAAUAAUUAAUCGAUAUUACAAGGGGGCUUUGCAGGAGAAGACGAAUUGAACAUGCAUAAAAGAUAUCAGAAAGAGAGACAAGAAGGGGAAAAUGUUGAAUUGGAGGCGUAAUUCUAGGGCUACUGCAAUCAAUAGAAGUUGUUUAACUUAUGUGGGUUAUGCAUUUCACUGUUUCAUCCCUUUUGUAGA